AUGAAUCGACAACUUCUGAGAGAGGAAAUACACAAAGUGUUCCAACGCUGGCAACAGCUUAAACAACAGUUUGGAGACCAGGCAGUAAAUGUGCCUGAGUUUAACCACUUGAACAAGAUUAUUAGAUAUCUUCAACAACAGAAUCAGCAACAGCAGCAGCAACAGCAACAGCAACAACAACAACAAAACCAACAAUCGCUUAACAAUGGCAAUGGACAACAACAGCUUCAACAACAACAGCCCCCACCUCAACAACAACAACGCCAACAGCCACAGCACAUACAACAACAACAGCCUCAUAUACCUCCGCAACAACUGCAACAGCUGCACAUGUCUCCACCUCUCCAUACGCAGAACAUGAACCAUCUUUCCCAAGGACAGAUGCAUGCCUUUAACCAGCAGCAAGGGACUGUGGAAGGUAGUAACAAUGGCACACCUCAGGCUACAAACAUGACUCCUAUGGCUCAGCAAAAUCAACUUGCUCAAAAUUCAAUCCACAAACAGGAGUUUCAAGGUGGAUCUGUCGGGGCUCUUGUAAAUGGUAAUAAUAACCUUAACUCGACUCCCUCGUCCACUAAUAACAGUAAUAUCAACAACAAUGGGAACAGGUCCAAUGACUCAGCAUUUACCGCGCUGCAAUUUCAAAUGUUAAAGGCUCAGUUCCAAGCUCUCAAAUUUCUUUUAAAGAGUCCGGUUCCAGGGAGUCCUCCUAUCCACCAGAAUUUGGUUGAAUUUGUUACCAAUGAUCAGUUGGUGUUUCCAAAUGACCAAUCGUACUUACCUGCAAACUCAGUAAAACCCUCCCCAUCUCUUCAGCAACAACCAUCUGUUCAACCAGGAGCACAAAACCUCAUUCAACAACAGCAAGACCAGCAAUUGCAACAACAACUAUCUCCGGCCGUUAUGAGUAACAAUAAUUCACCGGCGUUACCUAUGCAGAACUCUAUGCAACAGCAGAAAGGAAAGGCUAACUUCCCCAUGUCGCAACAAGAUCUUCAACGUCAAUUGCAAGCGAAAGCAGCCCAAGCCCAAGCAGCUCAAGUGGCACAGGCGCAAGCACAAGCACAAGCACAAGCAGCUCAAGUACAAGCAGCACAAGCAGCACAAGCCCAAGCGCAUGCUUCUCAGGUGCAAGCUACACAGGCUCAAAUGGCAGCUCAACAACAAGCGCAUAACCAAGGACAAUCGCUUACAGCUAAUUCACAAAAUCAAGUUGCACCGGGCCGUAUUGUACUGCAACCUACUGCUCCCAAUUCAUCGAAAUUUGGAAACAAGCAAAUACCCAAAUCACUUGCCAAUGGAGUGCUGAAGGAUCAGAAGUAUAUUUUCACGGAUCCAGCUAAGCCUCCCGUUGAACUAAACGAAUUAUUUCCAAAUGGUAAUGACUUAGGAAAAUUGACAAUCAUUCCCAUCAAUUCACCCACGGUUCAAGCUGACGCAUUUGAGAUACCCCAUCUUGUAGGUGAUCAUGUUAAAGAUGUUUCAUAUUCAGCGUUUCAUAGCUCGCAAAGUAGAUUCCAAUUUCCUUCCUUAUUUCCUGAAGGGUUCAGUAUGGAUGAAAUUUAUUCAAAUAUACAGACCCUCAAGAACCUAAAUAUAGAAUUGGAUCUCGACUCAUUAAGAGCACAGCUUGAUGAAUUCAAUGAGGGAGAUAAUUUGGAAGAAAGAGAGCUUUUGGAAAGCGAAAUCAGCAAAUUGGAAUUAUUGCCUUACCAAAAGUCAUUGAGAGGAAAGGUACUAUCACAAUUGUGGUUUAGUAAAUCAUUGCUACCAAAUUCCCAUCCUAACUUCUUGGCAAAAUUUAAUACCUUAUCAAUUGAGAAUAUCACAUCUACUCAUGAAUUAUAUAGAAAGCAGGUCUAUUCAUUGGUUCAAGCUCAAAAUAAAAGGCAUCAAAAGACAAUUAAUGAAAUAUUGCAAAACCAAAGGAAAAGGACUGACAAAUUGAUGAACAAGAAAGAAAAACUUGCCAGAUUCUCGAAUAAGGUGGCUUCAUUCCAUAGUCAAGUUGCCAAGGAAGAGCAAAAGAAAAUUGAAAGGAUGGCUAAGCAACGUUUACAAGCAUUGAAGCUGAAUGAUGAAGAAGCAUAUAUGAAAUUGUUGGAUCACACUAAGGAUACAAGAAUUACUAGGUUAUUGAAACAAACCGAUCAAUUCUUGGAUUCUUUAGCCCAAGCAGUUCAAUCUCAACAAAGAGAAUCUCAGGAUAGAAACUCCCAUUCUUUAGAAACUCAAGAAGAACAAGCUCAGCCAGAUGUACCUUUAUCUGACGCGGAAAAACGUGAAAAGAUGGAUUACUAUCAUGUUGCACAUAGGAUCAAAGAAACUGUCACCAAACAGCCUCUGAUUCUUGUUGGUGGUCAAUUGAAAGAAUAUCAGUUGAAAGGUCUUCAAUGGAUGGUCUCCUUAUUCAACAAUCAUUUAAAUGGUAUCUUAGCUGAUGAAAUGGGUUUGGGAAAAACCAUUCAGACUAUUUCAUUGAUUACGUAUUUGGUUGAGGUCAAAAAGAUAAGAGGUCCAUUUUUAGUCAUUGUUCCUUUGUCUACUUUAACGAACUGGAACAUUGAAUUCGAAAAAUGGUCUCCUUCCGUCGUAAAGAUUACUUAUAAGGGUACUCCAAAUCAACGUAAAAUCUUACAAGGAGAUAUAAGAAGUGGAAAUUUCCAGAUCUUGUUAACUACUUUCGAAUACAUUAUUAAAGAUAAGGCUUUGUUGUCCAAGAUCAAGUGGGUUCAUAUGAUUAUUGAUGAAGGUCAUAGAAUGAAGAAUGCCAACUCUAAGUUAUCCGAAACUUUGACACAUAGUUACCACAGUGAUUUUAGAUUAAUCUUGACUGGUACGCCUUUGCAAAACAAUUUACCUGAAUUAUGGGCAUUAUUGAAUUUCGUUUUACCUAAGAUCUUCAACUCUGUUAAAUCAUUUGAUGAAUGGUUCAAUACGCCAUUUGCAAGCACUGGUGGCCAAGAUAAGAUUGAGUUAAGUGAAGAAGAAACUCUUUUGAUCAUCAGAAGAUUACAUAAAGUUUUGAGACCAUUCUUAUUGAGAAGAUUAAAGAAGGAUGUUGAAAAGGAUUUACCAAAUAAAGUCGAAAAAGUUGUCAAAUGUAAGAUGUCGUCAUUACAAUCCAAAUUAUAUCAACAAAUGCUCAAACAUAAUGUCAUCUAUGUUGGAGAUCCAAAUGAUGAGAACAAGAUGAUCAAUAUUAAAGGUGCUAAUAAUCAAAUUAUGCAAUUGAGAAAGAUUUGUAACCAUCCAUUCGUCUACGAAGAAGUUGAAAAUUUAAUCAACCCAACCUCUGAAACUAACGAUCAGAUUUGGAGAGUAGCAGGUAAAUUUGAGUUGUUAGAUAAAAUUUUACCUAAAUUUAAAAAAUCGGGCCAUAGAGUAUUGAUUUUCUUCCAAAUGACUCAAAUUAUGAACAUUAUGGAAGAUUUUUUGAGGUUGCGUAAUAUGAAAUACAUGAGAUUGGAUGGUGGAACAAAAGCCGAUGAUAGAACUUCUUUAUUGAAGUUGUUUAAUGCCCCAGAUUCAGACUACUUCUGCUUUUUGUUAUCCACUAGAGCUGGUGGUUUAGGAUUGAAUUUGCAGACUGCAGAUACAGUUAUUAUCUUUGAUACGGAUUGGAAUCCACAUCAAGAUUUACAAGCUCAAGAUAGAGCUCACAGAAUUGGUCAAAAGAAUGAAGUUAGAAUCUUGAGAUUAAUUACUGAGGAUUCGAUUGAAGAGAUGAUUCUUGAACGUGCCCACGCAAAGUUGGAAAUUGACGGUAAGGUCAUUCAAGCCGGUAAGUUUGAUAAUAAAUCUACAGCCGAGGAACAAGAAGCUUUGUUGAGAGCAUUGAUCGAAAAGGAAGAAGAACGUAAGGUUGGUGGUACAGAGUCUGACGAUGAAUUGGAUGACGAUGAGUUGAAUGAAGUUAUUGCAAGAAACGACGAUGAGUUGAUUUUAUUCAAAAAAAUGGACGAAGAAAGAGUAGCAGCUACGAAAAUUGCAGAUUAUCCUAAUAGAAUCUUCACAGAAGCAGAAUUGCCAGAGAUCUAUAAGAAAAACCCAGAUGACUUCUUUAAGAAAGAAGAAGAUAUCAUGGAAAUCUAUGGUCGUGGUAAUAGAGAAAGAAAGAGUAUGGCUUAUGAUGAUAACUUAACAGAAGAGCAGUGGUUAAGACAAAUUGAUGGAGUUGUAUCAGAUGGUGAAGACGAUUUGGACUUACCUCCUGCUCCUAAGCCGAAGGGAAGAAGAGGUAGAAAGCCAUUACAGGCAAAGGUUAUUGAUUCAGAACUCGAAACGAAAGAUGGUGGUGAUACCCCUGGCGAUAGUGAUAUAAAUGCUUCCGACGACUUCAGACCUGGUGGAGCAGCUGGAAGAAAACGUAAAUUGUUAAUUGAUGGCGAAGAUGAUUCAAUAAAAAAGUCAAAAUCGUCAACUCCUAAACCCGGCAGACCAAGAGGUAGGGCCAAGGGUUCAGGAAGAGGAGGAAGAGGAGGUAAGAAGGGUUCAACUUUGUCAAGGACUACCCCAACCUCCGACCCAUUAACAGAAAGUGAAAGAAAAGAAUUACAAGAUAACUGUAAGAAGAUUGUUGAUUUGAUUUUAGAAUUCACAAAUGAAAAUGGCAGAAAGCUCAGUGACUUGUUCCUAAUUAAACCAUCGAAGAAGUUUUACCCUGAUUACUAUGUUUUAAUUAAGAAUCCUAUUGCAUUGGAUACUAUUAAUAAGAGAAUUAACAACAACACCUAUAUUAACAUUAGAGAGUUUCUUGAGGAUACACAUUUAAUGUUCAGCAAUGCAAGAAUUUACAAUGAAGAAGGUUCGAUCGUUUAUCAGGAUGCAAAGCAAUUGGAAGGUUUAGCAAUUGAUAAAUUUAAAGAAUUGUACGGGAACACAAUAACCAGCGGUGGCGAAGAUGGUGUAGACGUUGAACAGCUUGCUGACUUUACUGAUUUUGACGAAACUUAUGCUUUAAAACCUUUGGCAGUAAAUGCAGCUAUAAAGAGACCAAUUGAAGAGAAAUUACAGAAGAUUGAUGAUGGAAUUGAUAGUCCGAGUAUAUUAUCCAGUAAUGUUUUUACGGAGAGUAAUAGUACUGAUCAAACUCCAAAUGUUGAAGUUUGA